GCCGCCGCCGCCGCCGCCGCUGCUACCGCCACCAUCGCCGUCGCCGCCGCCGCCGCCGCCGUCGUCGUCAAUACUCGCCGCCAUAUUGUUGUCAUCUCCGCCCUCAUUACAUAUUACGGGAGGCUGUGGUAGCACUCUUACCUGGGUGAGGGAGGAUGGCACAGUUUGGUGGUGGAAAAGCACCUCCACCAUGGCAGCAGAGGCCGCAGACAACCCCACAGCUGCAGCCAUCUCUCCUGGGCCAGCACCCAUCAGCACCAAGUCAACAACUGGUGCUGGGUGGUGCUCCUCAGCAACCACAGUAUGCACCUGUUCAACAAAGCAUGAUUCAGCCACCAGGUUUAGGGGGUUUACAAACACUUGGUCAGCCUGCCAUCACCCAGCAGACAAUAGGUCAACCAACAACAGGAAGCAGCCUCAUGGGUCAGCCACCCAUAACCCAGGCCUUACAGCCCCCCAGUCUUGUCAAUCCUGCCCAGAUGACUAACUCGCAAAUGCAGCCCCAGAUUCAACCACAGCCCCAGCCACAGGGACAGCCACAACCUCAGCCUCAGGUGACAGCAGUAACCUACCCAACCCCAAGGGCCUUGGCUCCCCCUGGUGCAUUUAAUCCUGCAGCUUCCCCUAGUAAUAUGGCCACUAUUGCCACCAACCUACAGACUAAUUUACAAAAUAAUAUUGCCAACAACAAUGGUGGGCAACAGCCACAGAAACAGCGUGUAUUUACUGGCACCAUUACCAAACUGUGUGCUGAUUUUGGCUUUGUUGAUGAAGAUGUAUUUUUCCAGACAAGCAGUUGUGUUAAAGGACAAGCCCCAAAAGUCGGCGAUCGUGUGCUGGUGGAGGCAACAUAUAAUCCUAAUAUGCCUUUUAAAUGGAAUGCCAACCGUGUACAAGUCAUUCCUGGACCCACAGGAGCUCCGACCCCAAACCAAAGCCGCAGCAAUCUACCCGUGAGGGAGAUGAAUAGCAGAGGAGGUUCCUAUAAUGCUGUUCCUCCACCUAAUUUCAGUAGUGAAACUCAAGCAGGAAGCUUUGGCUCUCGUGGCUGUAUAGGACCCCGUGCUCGGUCACCUAGACGAGAUAGACGAGAGGAGCGCACCAGGACAUCAAGAGACAGAGACCGUGAGCGUAGUGAAAAAGAUAAGGAAGAAAAACGGGAAAGUCGAAAAAGAAGCAGGAGUAGAGGUCGUUCUCGGUCUCCACCUCGCCGGAGGAUGAGAGUUGUCCCUCGUUAUAAUGUUCAAGUUCCUAAAAUUUUAUUACAUAUGAAAGAAGCUAAUGUCUUGGAGCUGAAGAAGCGGUACAGCAAUCUUUAUGUGCCAUCCGAUGUUUUUUUAGCCCGCCCGUUGUGGUCAGACACAUUCCCUGCUCACCUACCGUUCCAGUUUCCUCGGCCAGUCUCUUUUCACAUUAUGAAUAAAGAAGUUGAGCCAGUUCUUGAGAAUGAUGCUGUGUAUGAUGCUCCAGAUGCAAAUCAUAGUUAUGCUGCUAAGGUCAUGCUGAUGGCAGUGCCAGCCUUGGAAGAUAUUUACCGGCGUUCCUGUGCACUCAGUGAAGACCCUAGUGAUGUUCGUGAGUGUUUUGUCCACCCAACACGUCUCAUCAACUUCCUUGUGGGGCUCAAGGGAAAGAAUGAAACCAUGGCUAUUGGUGGCUACUGGAGUCCUUCCCUUGAUGGUGCCAACCCAGAAAAGGAUCCAAACGUUCUCAUUCAUACCGCAAUCCGCACCUGCAAAGCUCUGACAGGCAUUGACCUGGCAGGGUGCACAACCUGGUAAUGCUCCGGACUAGUUUUCAGGCCAUCUGUUUGGCCCUCCUGUAUGAGGUGUGGGUGUGAGGAGGUUGGAACGACUGACAUUUGGGCCAAUGAAAUGUCAGGGGUAAGAGGGAUAGUGUGACUGAACAGGUGACUACAGUUCCUAGGGCUGUGAGAUGAGGUUAAAGAUUUAGCAGCAGAAGACUAGAAAUGGCAAAUGAAGGAGCUCCUCUGUAAUUGAAUAAAUAAUGUAUGUUUUUAUCUUUAUAAUGGGGUAGGCUGUAAGUUGGAUAAUAUUUUAAAGAUCUUGUGUAAUACUUCCUUAUAUUUAUUAAUACUGUACAAAUAUUUUUUAUUAGACUAUAAAGAAUACAGAUUAUCCCUAAAGUUUUACACUACACAAAAAAAUAUAGGAGGUAUGAAAGGUAACUAGAUCACCACCUGCAUCAAGUGGCUGACCAGUCAAGUUAUGAUGGCUGUGUAGGCCUGUGGGCUGCUAGCAGCAACAGCCUGGGUAAACAUCAGCCAGCAAGGAAGUUUGGCCUUAGGCUUGGGCUGCAGGGGUAGAAAUACCCUUGAAACUCACAGGUAAAUGUAUAUCCUAUUUGAAUGUAAAGUUAAAGGUAAAAUGGGCAAGUCUCUUCUCAUGAUGCAGUAAUAUGUACUAGAGUCAACUAAGAAGUAUCAUUGGACCUGUUCUUUUCCUUCAUCUAUAUGUAUAUACAGUGGUCCCUCAAAUAUCGUCCUUAAUCCGUUCCUGGAAGUGGGACUAUUAUCGAAAUAGACGAUUUUCGAAUCAAUUGUCCCCAUAAAAAAUAAUGUAAAUACAAUUAAUCCGUUCCUGACACUCAGAAUUAUUAAAACAAAAAAUUUUUUUACAUGAAAUAUAGAUGUACAUAAACAAUACAAUGGGACAUGAUGAAUGAAACAUUAACAGCAUAACACUUACCUUUAAUGGCAAUUCUUCUUAGUGUAUGGAAGACUGGAGGAGGAGAGAGGAUGGAUUAGUUACUGUUUGGAAGGGGAAUCCCCUUCCAUCAACACCUCAGGUACCAAGUCCUUUUCUGGGGUUACAUACUUCUCUUCUCUGUUUCUUAAUGCCACUAGGACCACCUUGAGAGUCACUGGAGUCCUGUCUCACAAAAAAAGUGUCCAGAGAGCUCUGUUUCUGGCAUCUCUUUAAAACUUCCUUAAAAUGGGCCAAGACUCUGUCACUGUACAAAUUGCCGAUAUGGCUUGCAAUAUCCUUCUCAGGGUGAUGUUUCUCCAUAAAUCUUUCCAUCCUACCCCACAUUUCAAAAAUCUCCUUAAUUUCUGAAGAAGGCAUCUUCUUCCAUCUCUCUCUUCGUCACAAUUGAACACUUUUUCAGGUUUCAGUCCUUCAGCCUCUAUGUACUCCUUGAAUUCCUGCACAUAUUUUUCAGCUGCUUUUUGGUCCGAACUGGAAGCCUCGCCAUGCCUUAUCACACUGUGUAUGCCAGUACGCUUCUUAAAUCUCUGAAACCAGCCUUUGCUGGCCUUAAAUUCACUCACAUCACCACUAGUUGCAGGCAAUUGUUUACCAAAUCGUCAUGCAACUGCCUAGCCUUUUCACAAAUAAGCGACAUCAUAAUACUAUCUCCUGCUAAUUGUUUCUCGUUUAUCCACACCAAUAAUAACUUCUCAACAUCUUCGAGUACUGGUGAUCUCAUUUUUGUCAGCACAUUUACCGCCUUUGCAACAACAGCUUUCUUGAUUUCCUUUUUCUUGGCUAUGAUGGAAGAUAUGGUUGUACGAGAUUUGUUAUACAUUCUGGCCAGUUCGCCCACAUGUACGCCACUUUCAUAUUGUUCAGUGAUGUUUUUCUUAAAUUCAAUCAUAUUUCUCACCUUCUUUACCAAAGGCUUGGCACUAGGAGCUUUCUUUAGAGCCAUUGUAGCUUAUUUAGCACUUUUUUUUUUUUUCAACAAGUCGACCGUCUCCCACCGAGGCAGGGUGACCCAAAAAGAAAGAAAAUCCCCAAAAAGAAAAUACUUUCAUCAUCAAUCAACACUUUCACCUCACUCACACAUAAUCACUGUUUUUGCAGAGGUGCUCAGAACGCAACUGUUUAGAAGCAUAUACGUAUAAAGAUACACAACAUAUCCCUCCAAACUGCUAAUAUCCCAAAACCCCUCCUUUAGAGUGCAGGCAUUAUACUUCCCAUUUCCAGGACUCAAAUACGGCUAUAUAAAAAUAACUGGUUUUCCUGAAUCCCUUCACUAAAUAUUACCCUGCUCACACUCCAACAGAUCGUCAGGUCUCAAAUACCAUUCGUCUCCAUUCACUCCUAUCGAACACGCUUAUGCACGCCUGCUGGAAGUCCAAACCCCUUGCCCACAAAACCUCCCUUAUCCCUUCCUUCCAACCUUUUCGAGGACGACCCCUACCCCGCCUUCCUUCUCCUACAGUUUUAGCACUUACAAGCACUAAAAUGAUUGGAAUAUUAUGAAAUAUUUCGUAUGAACAUGUGAGGGGACCGUCGCUCACUGGUAAACAAUGUCACACUGGCUGGGAACGGCUCAGAGCCGCGAGUACGUGUCCAGGAUGAAAGACGAUUAGUGAGUUAAAGGACCAUUUGCGAGCCAGUGUUUAGAUGAAAUAACAGGCCUAUUUCCGAAAUGGAUGACUUUCAGGCUGGACGAUUAUUGAGGGACCACUGUAGUUGUAUUUUCAGUUUCUUGGUCUCAUUUGAUAGAAUGGAAAAUAUUUUACAGAGAGAGUGAUGAUUUUGAAAAUAGCUUGAAACUGAGCACAUUGGAGUGGAAAUGUUCAAUUUUUGCUGAUAUUCAAGAGUAAGCAGAUCAUAUCACUCGUCCAAUACACGUCCAACUGCUGGGUCUAAUGUGUGUUCAUGAAGACGCUGAUAUUAUUUCAUGCACUGGCCAGGGAGGGAUACCAUCUUUUAGGAGUGAAGAAGAACAGGAUGUGAGUAUGAGGGGGGUGCAUGAGGCAUUACGUAGAAUGAAACGGAGUAAAGCAGCUGGAACUGAUGGGAUCUUGACAGAAAUGUUAAAAGCAGGGGGGGAUAUAGUGUUGGAGUGGUUGGUAUUUUUGUUUAAUAAAUAUAUGAAAGAGGGGAAGGUACCUAGGAAUUGGCAGAGAGCAUGUAUAGUCCCUUUAUAUAAAGGGAAGGGGGACAAAAGAGAUAGUAAAAAUUAUAGAGGAUAAGUUUACUGAGUAUACCAGGAAAAGUGUACGGUAGGGUUAUAAUUGAAAGAAUUAGAGGUAAGACAAAAUGUAGGAUUGCGGAUGAGCAAAGAGGUUUUAGAGUGGGUAGGGGAUGUGUAGAUCAAGUGUUUACAUUGAAGCAUAUAUGUGAACAGUAUUUAGAUAAAGGUAGGGAAGUUUUUAUUGCAUUUAUGGAUUUAGAAAAGGCAUAGGGGAGCAAUGUGGCAGAUGUUGCAAGUACAAUAUAUAGAAUAGGUGUUAAGUUACUAAAUGCUGUAAAGAGUUUUUAUGAGGAUAGUGAGGCUCAGGUUAGAGUGUGUAGAAGAGAGGGAGACUACUUCCCAGUAAAAGUAGGUCUUAGACAGGGAUGUGUAAUGUCACCAUGGUUGUUUAACCCUUUGAGGGUCCGUCCCGUAGAUCUACGGCUUUACGUUCAGGGUCCAAACCGUAGAUCUACGUCAUGAGCUCAGCUCACUCUGAUAAACUGUGAGUGGUACAUUUGGGCCUAGAUAUGAGAGAAUACAUCUAUGUGGUAUGUGUGCACCACAUAAAACAGAUCCUGCAGCACGCUGUGUAUAAUGAGAGAAAAAAACUGAAAUCAUGAUUUUUUUAUUAAAACAGCGACUUUGCAGUGUUUUUUCGUAUGUUUUUUAUAGUUCUAUUUGCGAUUUCUUGGUCUCAU